AUGGCCCUUGGGGCCGCGGUCGUGGGCGCCGUUCCUCCUCUGGAAAUCCAGGGAACUGACUUUGUCAACCCCGAAACUGGCAACAAGUUCCAGAUUGUUGGUAUGGCCUACCAACCUGGAGGCAGUGCCGGUUACGACCCUGCCACGGGAAAGGACCCUUUGAGCAACAAGGAUAAGUGUAUGCGAGAUGCUGCUCUCAUGCAGAUUCUUGGUAUCAACGCCAUCCGCGUCUAUAACCUUGACCCCAAUGUCAACCACGAUGAGUGUGCCAGUAUCUUCAAUGCUGCUGGCAUGUAUAUGAUGAUUGAUGUCAACUCUCCUUUGCCCCACGAGUCCCUGCACUCCUUGGCACCAUGGGAGAGCUAUCACGCCGAUUACCUCAACCGCACCUUUGCCAUUGUUGAAGCUUUCGGAAACUACCCCAACACUCUGCUCUUCUUCGCCGCAAACGAGGUCAUCAACGACGAGAAGACGGCUGAAGAUGCCCCUCAGUACAUUCGUGCUCUGACCCGUGACCUCAAAAACUACGUCAAGAACAACUUGAAGCGCAAGAUUCCUAUCGGGUAUUCUGCCGCUGAUGUCCGGGAGGUUCUGUGGGACACCUGGAACUAUUUGCAGUGCUCUGACCCUGAAGACGAGGGUGACAUGAGCCGUGCUGAUCUUUUCGCCCUCAACUCGUACUCAUGGUGUGGCCCUGAAGCUACUUAUGAAACUUCUUCAUACAACGACCUCGUCGCCGGUUUUGAAUCAUCGUCCGUUCCCAUUUUCUUCAGUGAAUAUGGUUGCAUCGAGCCCGCGCCACGCUACUGGAACGAAACACAAGCCAUCUAUGGCAAGCAGAUGAGCUCUGUCUUUUCUGGUGGCGUUGUUUACGAGUAUACAGAGGAGGAAAACAACUACGGUCUUGUCAAGAUUGAUGAUGACAAGGUUCACAUCCUCGGCGACUUCAACCGUCUCAAGAACCAGUUUGCUAGAAUCAAAUGGGAGUCGGUGCAGUCAAACCCUGCAGGCAAGAACUCCUCUGCCAAGGCCCCAGAGUGCAAGUCCAGCCUCAUCAAGGACAGCAAUUUCGACAGCAACUUCACCAUUCCUGACGUCCCUCCUAAGGCACAGGGCCUGAUUGAUAAUGGCAUCAAGAACAAGCCUAGCGGAAAGAUUGUCAAAAUAUCAGACUGGAAUGUCAAGCUUGAUGUUAUGAACGCUGAUGGUAGUGCUAUGAAGAACCUCAAGGUGGUCCCUCUCAAGGACGACGAGUCUAAUGCGUCUGGUAACAACGACGCCGACACUGGCAGCGAGACCACCGACGAUAAGAACAGUACCGACUCCGAUAACAAGACUUCUUCCAACAGUGGAGACGCUAAGGACGGUGAUGAUGAUGAGGACGCUGCUGGUCUAAACCGACCUUUGGCUUGGGCAAUGGCCUUUCCUUUGGCUGUCAUGAUGUUUGCGCUAUAA